CCGCCCAUAGAGAGGACCGACGACGUGACGUCUUGGUCCCCGCCACCGAAUCACCAACCCGCGCCGUCCCUUGAACCGAGCCAGAGCCGGGACCCGAGGAAGGAAACGAAGGAGCCGCACGCCAAUGGCGACGACGCGGCCGGCGCGCAGCGACCCGCACCUGCCGCCGGAGGAGGCGGCGCGGGUGGAGGCCGAGGUGCGGGGCUACUUCGAAAGCGUCGCGCCCAAGCGCCUGGCCAAGCCGCCGCGCAGCGACCCGUCGGAGGACGCCGGCGCGGAGGGCGACGCCGGGGACCACGACCUGCCGGAGCUCCGCAAACUGCGCGAUCUCGAGGCGAAGCCCCAGAAGCUGGUGUUGGACGGAGGAGGGGAUGAUGUGGACGGCAGGGAGGAGUACGUGGAGACGCGGUACUACGAUGGGCUCAUAGGCAUCGACAAGCAGCAUCACACGACUGGUACAGGUUUUAUCAAAGUGGAGAGACCCAAUUGCAGCGCCUUUAGUGUGAUGACCAAUGGCAACGGCUACUCAUCCGCCAGCUCUGUCCGCUGCACGAGCAACCCUGCGACAAAUGAUUGGAUACCAUCUGCCGAGAUCGUCAUCCCAGCUUCGAACAAGCCCAGCAGGAGUGACUCGUGACUGGGCUUCCUUCCCUUCACAAAGUGCUGUGAAUUGUUCACGAAUCGUUUCGGGGUAAUAAAGAGCAUCACUUCUGUGUGAUGUCAAGCGAAAGACGAGCGGAGGCCGCUCUGAACGAGCACAGGUGCACAGGUUUGAGACGAGAUGUGUGACUAUUAAACCAAGAACUGAAGAACGUGUACGAGUACCUUAGCACAAGUAACUUGUUGCUGCACACUAUUGUGGAGACUUGAGAAUGCACUAUAGAGUCUGAAUGAAUGUGAGUGGUUUGAACAGAA